AUGGCAAGGUCACCAGAAACGCAGUACCCAGUGCAGGUCAUUGGAUGGGCUGCACAUGACUCCUCUGGGCAUCUCUCUCCAUUCAAGUUUUCGAGAAGGGCCACGGGCGAGCAUGAUGUGCAGUUUAGAGUGUUGUACUGUGGGAUCUGUCACUCGGAUCUUUCUAUGGCCAAGAAUGAAUGGGGCUGGACCGUGUACCCUAAUGUACCAGGCCAUGAAAUUGUGGGUGUGGUAACUGAGGUUGGCAACAAGGUGGAGAAAUUUAAGGUUGGUGACAAAGUAGGCGUGGGCGCCCUACUAGCAUCAUGUCGCAACUGCGACAUGUGUGCCCAAGAUCUUGAAGUUUACUGCGCACAAAAGAUAUUCUCUACCGGCGCAAUUGACACGGAUGGAAACCCCACACACGGUGGCUUCUGCGAUCUCAUGGUAGCUGACGAGCACUAUGUUAUCCGGUGGCCUGAGAAUUUGCCUAUGGAUGCUGGUGCACCACUCCUGUGUGCUGGGAUCACUACCUAUAGCCCCUUGAGAUACUUUGGACUUGAUAAACCUGGAAUCCAUGUUGGCAUUGUUGGCCUUGGUGGGCUUGGCCAUUUAGCUGUGAAAAUUGCCAAGGCUUUUGGUGCAAAGGUGACUGUCAUCAGCACAUCCGCUAGCAAAAUGCAGGAAGCUAUACAAAAACUUGGUGCAGAUGCAUUCUUGGUCAGCAGUGACCCUGAGCAGAUGAAGGUAACUAUUAGCACUAUGGAUGGAAUUCUUGAUACUGUUUCAGCAAAUCACCCGAUUGUCCAUUUACUCAAUUUAUUGAAGCCUCAAGGGAAGCUUAUAAUGCUUGGUAUAUCUGAAAAGCCACCCGAGCUGCCUACAAUUCCUGUCAUAAUGGGGAGAAAGACUAUUGCCGGGAGUGCCAUUGGAGGCAUGAAGGAAACCCAAGAAAUGGUCGAUUUUGCAGCGAAGCACAACAUAUUAGCAGAUAUAGAGAUCAUCCCAAUCGACUAUGCCAACACUGCAAUGGAACGCCUCAAGAAAGCCGAUGUCAAGUAUCGAUUUGUGAUCGACAUUGGCAAUUCACUGAAAUCUGCCUAA